CCUGGGUCGACAUUCUUGCCGUUUGAAGAGGCGAGGGAAUAUGUGCACCGAUUGGGUCUUCGCUCUUCGCUGGAGUGGACUCUGUGGUCAAAAACGAGUUUGCGUCCAAAGGAGAUUCCAAGCUGCCCUCGAACAGUCUAUGUGCACUGCGGUUGGGAUGGCAUGCCAGAUUGGCUCGGGCGCGCCUCUUUCCGACCUGACUUGCGUCUCCGUGGAAGUGGCUCAACCGCUGCAAGACGCAUUCCCAAAGAAGAUGAAGACCACAGGCAUGAAGAGCAUGAUGCUGUCGACGCAGCGUCUUCCGCCAUCGAGCUCGAGGAAGCCACUUCUCUGACGAGCCGCAGACAGAUGAAGCGCAGCGUUAGGAGCCGGGUAGUGAGUGCGUAUGAGGUGCGGAGGGCGACACAAGAAGCUUUUGUCGAAUGGAUGGCGACCUCGUCGCGACCCGUGUGGCAUUUUCAUACGCUGCUUUGGCGAUCUCGCGCACAAUUCUUAUACUCGCCACUAGAAAACAGGACCGAACUUCUUCCUCCAGAACUAGAUCAGACGAAACAGAAACAGCUGACGACAGCACACGCAGGUGUUGUUGAGCGGGAAGUAAGAAGACCGCGCCGGGGCACUAGAAGUACUUUCAAUCUUACUGGCAAACCGCCGAAGCCGAG